UACUGAAAUACCAGUUGCUUCUUCUGUCUAUUAUUGUCAAUAAUUUGAGGUGUUCAACAGUUCUUACCCAGGUUACUUGCAUGUGCUUCAAUCAAGUAUCCUAUCUAUGGAUUCACCACCAAGAUUACUUGCAUAUUGCUUGUUGAUUGUGAAUCUUGAAUAGGUCAGCCAUUUGAAUAAAUCCAGUUGGGUCCCAAAUUGCUUGUCCUCUUGGAAGUGUUUGGCCAUAUUGUGUUCAAACAAGUUUCCUAGCUCAAUCACUACCGAGUUUUUUUAUUAAGAGUUUGAAGGCAGAACCAUGUGAUCUUCAGUUGCUUAUGUCUCUAAGAAACCUCACAUGCCCAAGUCCCUCUGCAAUCCAAAGGUCACUUAGCUCUGCAUCCACAUGGCCCACUGUUUGGUUUCCAAUCUUUAGCUGGUCCUGAAUUGGCUUCUGUUGAAAUUGUAGGGGAUAGUGUUUGUCAACCAAAUUGACAAGGUGAUAUUUUUUGGCCCCAGCUUUCUUGUUUUAGUUUGGAAGAAAAAGCCAGCCAUGUGAUACUGUAUCAAUCUAUGUCCACAUGGAAUGUCCCAGCAGCAUAUGAUUUUUGGCCACUCAAUCCAAAUUUAAGAAGAUUUACCACAUUGAACCAUUCAUCUAUAUAUACUCCAAAGUACUUGGUUCUCAACCAACAUAAGUUUUCACAAUCUCUCAAUUAAUAUCUUUUCCUUGAACAACAAACAGUCAAAAAUUUAUCGUAUUGACUUUUUCUCUCAAGAAACCCAAAAGAAAUCAUGGGUAUUCGUUUUCCUAUCAUUCUGGCUAAGCAAAUUUUGAGGCGAUCUUCAACAUCUAUGGAUGUACCCAAAGGGUUCUUACCAGUAUAUGUUGGGGAGACUGAGAAGAAGAGAUUUGUGGUACCUGUAUCGUAUCUCAACCAGCCUUCAUUCCAGGAACUGCUAGGUAAAGCUGAAGAAGAGUUUUGUUUUGAUCAUCCAAUGGGUGGUUUGACAAUUCCCUGUGGAGAAGACAUUUUCAUUAGUGUUACUUCCCAGAUAAACAGAUUAUGAAGUCAUCAAAACUAAGCUUCGUAUACAAUUUUGUAUAGCAGGAAGUCCAUGUAAAUAUUAUUUCUCUUUAAGUAGAUGAGCUCUUUCUCUUGACAAAGAAUUUUGUAUAACGUUCCAUAUAUCAGGAGUAAA